GAUCAUUUCUUUUCUGCCAUCGCGGCUGAUAACGUACUUGUACCCGUCACCAAAAAGAAAAUACCGAAAAACAGAAAAGGCAAAAGCACCAACAAGCGAAAUUACGACUACGAAACGAACUCCAUAUUAUUUUCGAUCUUUCACAUCUCUAUUCACUCGCUUGUUUGCUUUCCUUCUCCUUAUCAUCGUUACCUCUUCGUGUCAGGUCUCCAUACACACACCAUAAACAACACCGUGAAGUUCGUGGACCCUAAAAGAAGAGGGUUGAUUCUUUCUUCUUUUCUUCUGCAGUCAAAUUUGUUUCGUAUCUGCAGAAAACCGGCACCUCCAUAUAUAUAUCCUUGUUUUACUUCAAUCCGUGUAGCGGCACUUGUCUCUUCCGAAUACCAACUUGCGCCGCAACCAGCCUAACAGAGAGAAAAAACAAAGCCGUUUUCCGCUGCUGCUGACACUUCAUCACCGAGUCCUACUUAUUGCCUUCCCCAGGAUGCCGACUUCUUCGCGUUUCUGCGCCGUUCUUGCCUGCGUGAUCGCCGUACUGGCGAUAUGCAUCAGUGCAGAAUCCGCCGCGUCGGCGCGCGGGUCUAACACUUUGCUUUCCACUCCACCGCCCCCCAACGCGUCUGUGCUGCCUGCUAUCCGUCCUCUUGCGGGCUUCAUUCCAUCAUCGACCAAGUCCUCGUCUGAUGCGGCCAGCUCUCCCGUGAGCAGCUCUGCCAGCGGUGCGGCGCCAUCGUCGUCGACCAGCUCUCCCGUGAGCAGCUCUGCCAGCGGUGCGGCGCCAUCGUCGUCGACCAGCUCUCCCGUGAGCAGCUCUGCCAGCGGUGCGGCGCCAUCGUCGUCGACCAGCUCUCCCGUGAGCAGCUCUGCCAGCGGUGCGGCGCCAUCGUCGUCGACCAGCUCUCCCGUGAGCAGCUCUGCCAGCGGUGCGGCGCCAUCGUCGUCGACCAGCUCUCCCGUGAGCAGCUCUGCCAGCGGUGCGGCGCCAUCGUCGUCGACCAGCUCGUUGUCCGGUGUGGCCAGUGACGGAGAAGUACUGGCUCGUGUUCUCACCAGCUCCGUCACGAAUGGAGGUGGCGUCCGGACGCUGAAGCCUGUCACGACAACCUCAGCACCGCCUCCGCGCCGCAACAGCGUCACCGGCAUCGUGAAUGCGCGGGUUGCGAUAACCUGUAUCGUGACGGCCUUUGCGGCGGUGCUCCUUGCGUAG